AUGGAAUUUGUAGUGGUCAAAUUGACCUCCACUCAUAAUAUCAUCUUGGGUCGUCCGGGCUUGGAAGACCUAGGAGCAGUCGUGUCACUCGAACACCUCUGCUUGAAGUUCAGAACGCCUGAAGGAGUUGGAGUUGCAAGAUGCGAUCAGCGGAUAGCUCGGUCUUGCUAUCUUAAAGCCUGUCGUUCGAUUGGGGAAAAAGACAUGCGAAUCCAUACCAUCGCAGAAAAACCCAAGCAGAAGGAAUCAGUUGAACGGCCGGAGCCUGCCGUUGAGUUAGAAGAAGUCGUAUUGGAGAUUGCCCACCCAGACAGGACAGUGAGGUUAGGCCUCGGGCUAACCAAGGAGGUUAGAGAAUCCAUUUUGCAAGUAUUAAGGGAGUACAAGAUGAUAUUCGCGUGGGGGCCGGAAGACAUGCCCGGGAUUGACCGAUCAGUGAUUACACACCGAUUAGCCGUCAGCCCAGCAGCCCGACCUGUGGUUCAGAGGAAAAGGUUUCUAGCCACAGAAAGACGUGAAUUUGUGAAGAAAGAAGUAGCAACCCUACUCAAGAUCGGCCAUAUCCGGGAGGUUAAAUAUCCAACAUGGUUAGCCAAUGUGGUAUUGGUUCCGAAGCCUCCAACAUGGAGAAUGUGCGUGGACUACACCGACUUAAACAAGGCGUGUCCCAAGGACCCCUUUCCCCUUCCGAGGAUAGAUUUGUUGGUUGACCAGACCACCGGAUGUGCCCUACUCAGUUUUAUGGACGCUUUUCGUGGCUAUCACCAAAUUUUAAUGGAGAAGGAGGACGAGGAGAAAACCGCCUUCAUUACCCCAGACGGAGUUUACUGUUAUAAGGUGAUGCCGUUCGGUCUCAAGAACGGAGUUUACUGUUAUAAGGUGAUGCCGUUCGGUCUCAAGAACUCUGGUGCGACUUAUAAGGUGAUGCCGUUCGGUCUCAAGAACUCUGGUGCGACCUUCACUCUGAUGCCGUUCGGUCUCAAGAACUCUGGUGCGACCUUCACUCGAAUGAUAGCUCGAAUAUUUGGGGAACAACUCGGCAAGGGAAUGGAAGCUUACGUUGAUGAUUUGCUGGUCAAAAGUAAGGAAGCAGCCGAGCAUUCCGAUGAUUUGCUGGUCAAAAGUAAGGAAGCAGCCGAGCAUUCCUAUGAUUUGCUGGUCAAAAGUAAGGAAGCAGCCGAGCAUUCCUCAGAGUUGAAAGCCAAAAGUAAGGAAGCAGCCGAGCAUUCCUCAGAGUUGAAAGCCAGUUUUGAGCUAAUGAAGAAAUAUAAUAUGCGGCUGAAUCCAAAGAAGUGUGCCUUCGCUGUGAAAGGAUGA